AUGCCACCCAAGUAUAACUUCUUUAGAGGACACCCUUCGCCGUACUUGCUGCCAACAAGAGAGGUGCUGGACGCCACGACUAGCGUUUAUAACCGUGUCAUAGAAAAUGAACACUGCUACGACGACGUUUCUAACAGGCACCCAUUGCAAUACGGUCUAGGCUUGGGAAACGAGGAGGUGAGACAGGCGAUUGCAGACUGGAAUAACCGCUGCUUUGAGAUGGAUGUGCGCUCUGAGGCAAACUGCAUCAAUCUGACUAACGGCGCCAGUUAUGGAGUUAUGAACAUUCUUGCCCAAACCACCUCACCGCAUAACGGUAUAACCAGAAGAGCAUUUUUGGUAACGCCUACAUAUUUUCUCAUCAAUUCCACUUUCAUAGAUGCUGGAUUUGGGGGCAAGCUUACGGGCAUUGAAGAGCUUUCCAACGGCCAGUUGGACUUGGACGAGUUUGCCAGCAAGCUGAAAUAUUACGACUCGCUCGUAGAGAUAAAGCCACCAAGACCAGAAGAUUUGGAAGCCAUCCAGCACCCUUCGAAAAUGCAAAAGAAGGUCUACAGAUACGUUCUGUAUUUGACGCCUACUUUUUCAAACCCUAGAGGAGGCACUCUGACGCUCUCUACAAGACACAAACUAAUUGACUUGGCCAGAAAACACGAUGUUUUGAUUAUUUGCGACGACGUGUACGAUGUUCUCAACUAUACGAGUGAGAAAUUAGUUCCUCGUCUCGUUUAUUGCGACAAGCAGACUUUGCCAGACACUGAAGGAUACGGCAACACCGUUUCCAAUGCAACGUUCUCGAAACUGGCCGGCCCGGGACUUCGUGUUGGCUGGCAAGAAACGGGCGCUGGCGUUGAAAGAGGCUGUUGA